CCAAAAAAAUAUAUAUAAAAAAAGAAACAAAAAAACAGAAGAAAAAAAUGUCUGAAGCAAAAGACCCUGCGAUCAAGUUGUUUGGGAAGACAAUUCCGGUACCGGAGAUCCCUACCGGAUCCGGUGACUCUAUUGGAGCACCGUCUUCAUCUUCUGGUGAUGCUGUGGAUGAUGGUAUAAAUCAAAACCAUGGUUCUUUCAUGGAUGAAGAAGAGAGAGAGAUUGAUGAGGACACAAUGGAAGAUGAAUCAACCAAAUGUAAGAAGGAAAAAGAUGAAGCUCUCACCCAAUCAUCAGAAAAGAUCACUGAUCUAGACACAAACUCGAGAUUAGUGGAAGAAUCAAUUAACCCCUCCACUGAGGACGAGCAAAAUACAUUGAAAACUUCAAAGAUUAUGGAAGAACAUACUGAGAAUUCGCAUGAUAAGACCCUGAAAAAGCCAGACAAAAUACUGCCGUGUCCCCGUUGUUAUAGCAUGGACACCAAAUUCUGCUACUACAAUAACUACAAUGUUAACCAACCUCGCCAUUUUUGCAAGAAAUGCCAGAGAUACUGGACUGCCGGGGGAGCCAUGAGAAAUGUGCCUGUAGGCGCCGGUCGUAGGAAGAACAAGAAUUCUGCUUCUCACUUUCGCCAAAUAACUGUACCUGAAACAGCUGUUCAGAAUUCUCUAUCCGACUCGCCAAACGGAGUCCAUCAUCCUUCACUAAACUGUAAUGGCACAGUCUUUACAUUCAGGACCGAUACACCUUUGUGUGAAUCAAUGGAAUCUGCAUUGAACCUUGCUGAUCAAGGAGUUAAUAUUUCCCAGAAAAAUGGAUUCAUUAGACCGGAAGCACUGCGGAUUCAUGUACCCUAUGUUGGGGAAGAAAAGAGUGAUGAACAUUCCAUCAAAUCUUCUGACACAUCAACAACGCUGACAGAAGAUGCAGCUGCCAGCAGUUCUGUUGAACAAGUUAUGCCAAAUUGUCAAAGCUUCCAACCACAAGUUCCGUACUAUCCCAGUGCCCCUUGGCUUUUGCCGUGGAGUCCAUCUCAAUGGAGCUCUCAAGUACAACCACCGCCUGCUUUUUUCCCACAAGGAUUUGCCAUGCCACUCUAUCCUCCACCGGCUUAUUGGGGUUUUAGCAUGCCCGGUGCGUGGAACAAUCCAUGGCUGGCACAACCUUCGUCACCAAAUAGUGCAACCGUUAACUCCGGUCCUAACUCGCCAACCUUAGGUAAGCAUUCAAGGGAAGAAAGUAUGCUCAAACCGACCGACUCCACAGGUUCUGACGAAGGAAACAAUAAAGAAGAAAAGUCCCUUUGGGUUCCGAAAACUUUGAGGAUUGAUGACUUGGGAGAAGCGGAAAAAAGCUCUAUAUUGACAACUCUCGGGAUUAAAAACGAUAAGGCAGACGCGAUUCGUGGGGGAGGACUUUUCAAAGCCUUUGCUUCAAAGAGCAAUGAAAAAGAUAGCGUGCAAAACUCACCUGCCAUGCAGGCCAAUCCAGCAGCAAUGUCUAGGUCAAUUAGCUUUCAUGAGACCUCAUAAUUAUGUAGCUUAUAAAUUUGCUUUUAUUUAUUAGAUGCAGCAGAUGAGCCGAUUGACACAGCAGCUAUGAAACAUGGUCACAACAUUGGUACAGACACAUCGACACCAUUAAUGAUUUGAGAAAAUGAACGUGUUGGUGUCUGACAUGCGUUACAAGCACAGAUGUGUUCUACAGUUCUUAAGAAAGUUACAAACUUUAAGAAUAUAUUGGUUCAUUUUUGUUUUUGGUAAGAGUUAGUUCUUGUUGAUCAAUGGAAGAAAUUGAGAAGAUGGUUUUUUCUGCAUUCGCUUUAAGGAGAUUCAAGCCUUCUCUUAGGUGGCGGCGGCAAGGCAAUUUUACAUUCUUCCCUUUCUUUUAGAUUGCUUUCUUAGUUCAUGUACAUAUAUGUAAGCUUAUGUGACAUAGUGAGGCUUAGCUAUUUAUUUUUCCAGCAAGAUCGUCGAUGUAUAUAUAAUAAGAUUGAGAGUUCAAAUUGAACAUUUUGUUUUGCUAUAUUGUUUUCAGAAUUUUAUCAUUUCUGUGGAAUAAACAGAAAUAUUUUAUCAUUUUGGA